GUUGGCAAAAAUUGAUUGGGAGCACUUGUGAGAAUACAUGACGCGUAAACAUGGAAAAGAAAUCAGUGAGGAAUUUGCAAAAACAUAAUUAAAUAAACAAAUAUUUGUAAAAUAUGCAUUUGGCGUCGAUUAAGUAAAAAUGGACACGCCAGACGAGAAAGUGGAUGCAGUAGUAUCCGAAGUGCAUAAAGCAGACAAUAUUACUGAACAAGGAACCCAAAGUAACGCAAGGGUUGAAGUGGAGGAAAUACAAUCAAAAUUGCAGUUUGAAAGUGUUGCACAAGACGUGGCCAUAUCAAAGGUCGAACACCCCGUUCAAGAGCUAAUUGAUGCAGUGCUGACACAAAAAUCGAUUCCAGUAGAGCAACUGGUUGGAACAGCUGUUACAAAUGAAAAUGAGAAAACUGAACAAAUGUUCUCUGUGGAAGCUGAAGUUGCUUUGGAAGCAACCGACAAACAAGUAGUCAAUUUCGAAAAUCUGCCAGAAACGAAUAGUUCAACGCCACCUUCCACGGGAGGCACUCCAAGCUCACCAUGUACACCUAGGUCGCAAGUUGACACUUUAUCACAUAUUGAGUGCUUAGCGCAAAUUGAGCGACAACGGCUGAAUUAUGAGCAGCAACUGGAACAAUUGCAAACAGCACUAGCGCAAAAAGAUAAUAUGAUCACACUCUACCAACGAGAGAACGCAAUACUUGAUAAGGAAAAAAAUGCGUUUCGAAAAGAAAAAGAGCUCGCAAAUAAGGAAAAGGAAUCGACGGUAAUUAAGUUUGCUAUGAAAGAAAAGCUAUUACUAGAUGCCAAGAAGGAAAAAGAAGCGGUUGAAAAACAACUUGCUGACGCCAAAAAAGAAGUGAAAAAUGUGUCCAUACGCUUUCAAGCGGUUAAUGAAGAGAAGUCGCGCAUGUCAUACAUAAUCGAUGAAAAGUGCAACGAAGUUCGCAAGUAUCAACGUGAGUGUGAGAAACUAAAGACGGAUUACUCUCAUUUGGAAUCGAAGCUUAAGUACCACGCGAAUAAAUUAAAUAUUGAAAUUGAGCAACGAAUGGCUGUAGAAAGAAAGCUUGAGGAAGAACGGAAUGCGCCCAAUAAAUUGGAAGAAAAGGCUAAUGAAAAUCUUAAAAUGGAGUAUGAGGCUAAUACCAUUUUACUCAAACAUGAAAUUAAAAGUAAAUCAGAUCAAAUUGAGCAAUUGCACAGAGAAUUAAAUAAGUCCAAAGAUGAAGUUAAAUCGUUACAAGAGCAAUGUAGCAAAGAGAUUUUGGAGAGAACUGAACUUUAUACUGCGUUGGAAAAGUUGCAAGAGGAACACAAUUCACUGCAAAAUGCUUAUAGCGAAGAAAUGUUGCACACUGCGAAAUUACGUUGCCAAUUGGAUGAGCUUCAAGUGCUGAAAACGCAAAAUACUUUAAACGAAGAAAAAAUUAUCACACUCACUAAGUCGGCAGAUGAAAUGAAUGAAAAGUUGCAAGAUAACGAACAGGAUUUAUCCCAGUUGCAUGAACGCGAAAGGGAGCUGUUGAGUAUUAAUAAGGAAAUUAGUGAAUCAAUUGUUGCCUUACAAAACGAGAUUUGUUUGCUAAAGUCUGAGGUUCAAGGCGUGCGGGCAGAAAAUGAUAUUUUAAGGAAAGAGAAAUUAGAGUAUGAUAACAAGUAUAGAAAAUUGCAUGAGGAUUUGAAAAAUGAAGUCGAGAAAAAAUUAGAAGAAAGGCAAUUGUUAGCUAAGCAUCUUUCAGAAAAAACUAAGCUUUAUGAAAUUACGAAAAGUAAAUUAGAAAACGUUGAAGGCGAUUUCGAGGCAACUAAGCAUAAACAUGCGACUGUUGUAAAGGAACUCCAACGUGAAUUACAAAAGUACAAAAAGUCUAUGGAACACUCAUCAACUUCAGAAUAUGCCCCUGCUCGCCAAUAUUGCACACAAUGUAAGUGUAUUAUUAGUAGUAGCGAAGCCAGUGUGCCAUUAACUAAUGGGUUUGAGGAAAAUGGUACGAUGUUACCCGCCAAGCAACAUCGCACGCAUAGCCGUACUAGCAGUCAAAGUAGUCAGCCCAGCACAAGUCGUCGGCCAAGCGAAACAUCCGAGUCGGAAACAAUGGCCAGCAGCGUCACCACCAUACAACAAGAUUUACAGGGUCCUUCCAAAAAACACUUAGUUGAUCGCAUAUUACGUCUACAACAAGCAUCAGCACGACAAACAGAGAAAAUUGAUUUCCUGGAAAAUCACACGCUUUCUCUUGUUGCAGAGCUUCAGAAAAAGUCCAAAGUAGUGCAGUAUUACAUGCUGCGCGAUCAAGCAGGUGCACUUACCUCAACAAGGAGUGAUCAAAACAAGUCCGAGUUGGCUAAAUACGGUAAUGGUGUAAUGUCCGCUAUAUACAAUGGAAUUAAGGGCGACACCAAGAGUAUGACAUUAGAAUUGUCACUGGAAAUAAAUAAGAAACUGCAGGCAGUACUAGAGGACACUUUGCUCAAAAAUAUAACAUUAAAGGAAAAUUUAGAUGUAUUAGGUUUGGAAGUGGAUAACCUAACCCGAAAACUCAGGCUUAUGGAGUCCAGAGAAUGACACAGACCUAUGUUUUAAAUAAGGAAGACUGCGACAUACAAGAGCCACAAAUGUAUGAAAUUCUGUUUAGUAUUAGCAUAAAUUAGAACAAUUCAAGCAGUCAUUUUGUAAAACUACAUACAUAUAUACAUAGUUCAAAUUCAAUAACAUUCCAUUUUGUAAGGUAGUUUUAUAUACUUACUAAAAGAGACAUUUUGGUUGAAUGUAUGAACAAACAAAGUUGUGCAAAGAGAAUAAAUAAGAUAAUAUAUUUAUGAAUAAAAAAUGUU